CAUCGUCGUCUAUCUAAAACCCCUUCACUUCUCUCUCUCUCAUCCCCCUCUCUAUAUAUACCCUCUUUAUCUAAACUAUCUCUGCACGAGUCGGGUUAAUCUCAAGCACUCUCAUCCGCUUUUCUCCAACAGUCCACCCAAAACAUUCCAAGCUUUUACUUUGUUUACCGACCACCGCUGUCGUCUGUCUUCUGCUUCUUGACGGUGAAACAAUGGAGAUCCGAAGCGAGAACGAAGUGCUUGCCGAUGUCAAGAAAGGGCCAUGGACCGAGGAAGAAGAUGCCGUGCUCCGAAGCUAUGUCGAGACUCAUGGCGAAGGGCGAUGGAACUCCGUCGCCUAUUUUGCUGGCUUGAGAAGAACCGGCAAGAGCUGCAGAUUACGAUGGUUGAAUUACCUGCGACCCCAAGUCCGACGUGGAAACAUUUCUCUUGAAGAACAGCUCAUCAUCCUGGAACUCCAUUCUCGCUGGGGCAACCGGUGGUCGAAAAUCGCGAAACAUUUGCCGGGGAGGACCGACAACGAAAUAAAGAACUAUUGGAGGACCAGGGUGCAAAAGCAAGCCAAGCAGAUGAAAUGCGAUGUGAACAGCCAGCAAUUCCGGGACACGAUGCGCUACGAGUGGAUGCCCCGGUUGGCUGAGCGGAUCCGGGCCGCCGAAUUCAAGGGUCAACCCGCGUGCCUCCCGGUAUCUUCCUCUAAUGACCCGAUAUUCGACAAUCGAGGGGUGCGCAUGGCUGAGCUCGAGUCAGGCUGGAAGGACCCGAGCCUCAUGCCCGAGGUGUCGUCGGGGAUUUUGUCGGACUCCUCCGAUGCCCAAGUUUCUCCAGUUUCGGGACUCACCGAGUCCUACAAUCCGCCCGAUGGCUUGACGGGUGGGCCCGGAAGCGGGGCUGGGUAUUCGGGUUGGGAUAUGCCGGGUCAAGAGGAUAUGAUGAGCAGCGAGUUAUUCCUGGACGGCGGUGAUUCGUGGGAUAGCUUGUGGAAUGAAGAGAAUGUAUGGUUCUUGAGACAGCAGCUAUCCGACGACCACUUCUAGAAGGAAUUUUGCAUAUUUUAUUUCUUUUGUUUCUGUUUCUAUUCCUUUCAUUAGGUGGGGGAGAAAAAAGGGAAUUUGCUUUCCGUGACGUAGUUUGGCACUUAGUUGAGGUUGGGGGAGGAUUGAUCCAGACAUGAUGUGGCAAAAGAAAAUUUUGUUGAGUCACGUUUUGCAAAUAUCCAAUGUACGGUCUUUGUGCCAUGGUUUUAAAAGUCGCUUGAUGCCGAAA